AUGUUGUUAGCAGUUUUAUUAAUUGCAUCAGCGUUGGCGCUGACGCAGGACCAAGAAAAAAAGAUUAACGACAUGAUAUCGAAUGUCGGAAAGAAGUUGACUGAAGUUGGGGACUCGAUUAAGAACCACAGCGAAGAAAUCAACACGAUCAUGGAGGAAGUGAAGAAGUCGUCAUCGUUUGAAGGUUCUCAAGUCAAGUUAGAAGAACUUGAGGCGAAAAUAAUGAAGGUGGUAAGAGGACCCGAACCAUUCAGUGAACCACCGAAGGGUGACAAACUUAUUGACUUGAAACAAAUGUAUGAGCAGACUGAAAAGAGAUUUAAAGAGAAUGUCAACAAAAUUCAGAAGGAGAAAGACUCGAAAAAGGUCAAAGAAGCAAAGAAGGAAGUGAAAGAAGCGGUAAAGAAAGUCGAGAAGAAAGACGACAAAAAGGAGGAAUUCAAAUUGAAGGAUGACAUCGAACCACCAAAGGUACACACUGCUAAACCAUUGGGAACCCCAGGAAAGGUUGUACCACCGAAGAAAGAAGAAGUCAAAAAAGAGGUGAAAAAAACAGCGAAAAAAGAAGUAAAAAAAGAAGCGAAAAAGGAGGUAAAAAAGGCGAUCAAGAAAGAAACUAAAAAGAUUGUCAAGAAGGCAAUUGUCGCUGACACGGACGCAAAGGCUCUCGACAUGAUCAAAACGGAUAUCUUGCCACCAACAUUAGGGGUUAGACCUUACGUGCCAAUGAUAAACGUCUAUAACCCAAUGAUGUAUAUGGGUCGUCCAUUCAUGGCACAGAGCCCUUACAUGAUGGCAAUGAGAAGACCAAUUUACCCAAGUAUGGGCUACACAUACACAUAUCCCCCAGUCAAUUACCUUGGAAUGAAGUAUCCAACUCUGUGUCACCAAGGAUAUGGUAUCCCAACUCACAGAUUCUAUGGACCUUACCGAAGACCUUACUACAACCGCUUUAAUACGCACGCAUAUUCAAACGAAUAUAUGCUCAGACCAGAGUACUACGAAACAUUCAACAAUAAAGACCCAUACAUGGCAAAAGACAUCCCAAGAACAGUCUUUUAA